UCCAAGGCUGUAGUCUUUACAGAAGCAGACUGCCACAUCUUUCUCCUGCAGAGUGGCUGGUGGAUUCGAACCACUGCACCUUGAGACUAGGGGGUGGAAAAGCUUUGCCCUGCCUGAGGAUGGGUCUGGAAAUUACGAGCUCCUUGAAGGCCAGUUAACCCGUUGCCAUGAAAUGGAUUCUGACUCAUGAUGACCUCAUGUGUUAGAGAGUAGAACUGCUCCGUAGAGUUUUCUUGGCUGUUAUCUUUACAGAAGCAGUUUGCCAGGCCUUUCUUCUGAGGAGCUGCUGGGUAAAUUACAACUGUCAACCUUUAGAUUAUUAGUUGAGUGCAAACUGUUUGCUCCACCCAGGAUCCUUGGAGGCAGGGAACGUUAUUCAUCUUCACAUGUCCUAUAGCACCUAGCUCCAUGUCUUGUACAGUGCUUAAUAAAUAAAUGGUUGAUGAAUGAAUAUUGAAAGGUAGCGACAGAGAUCUGGGUAAGGGGCAGAUGAGGUAACUCAUGCCCCCCAGGUGCCUUCUGAGACUCAGGGGCAUGGUCCUUGCUCCCAAAUUUCUUAUUCUCGUGGUUUGUGCCACCAAAUGAUAAUGAUAGCUAUGAACAGGUGUCAAGGGCUUACUACGUGCCAGUCACAGUGCUAAUCAUUUCCUCAGUAUUAUUUUAGUUAAUUCUCACAGUCCUUUGAGAUAGGUGUUCUUGAGUUGGUCCUAUUUUUAAGUCCUAUAUUAAAGGUGAGGAAACAGAUUUUGGAGAGGUUAAGUCAUAAAGAUAAGAAUAGAUGGAAUUGGGUUGAAAUUCCAGAGCCUCUGUGAUUAACUGGGCUGCUCUCUGGAUGGAUGCUUGGAAGUACUAGACUCUCCUUCUCUCUCCCCUCCCUCCGUAGCAAGGGUGAAGGAAAAAGAUGGACAUAACGUUCUGCUUCAAGGGCCGUCGAGUGAGGGUGGUGGUGGUGGGGCUGCAGGAAGAAGAAUUUUUGGUCACCGUGGUGUCUCAGCUUUCCCUCUCCUUCAUGGUUUGAGGGGCAUGUGAUUUGCCCUACCUGCCACCAGAGGGAGCAGAGGCAGGGCUGCUCAGAGGGUGCUGCCUUGUGGGGCUGACUCCUCAUUACCAUACUGUCAGGUGGAGUCCUUUGGGGCAGCUUUUAAUCUGGGUAGUACAGACAGUUAAAGCACUUGGCUACUCACCGACGGGUUGGCAGUUUGAAUCCACCGAGAUAUGCCAAGGAAGAAAGGCCUGGCAACCACUCCCAAAAAAUCAGCCAUUGAAAUCCCUGUGGAGUACAGCUUUACUCUGACACACAUGGGGUCACCAUGAGUAGGAAUCAACUUGAUGGCAAUUGGUUUUACUGGAUGCUAGUCUGGAGGAAUUUUUAGGCUGAGACAAACUCUCUCUCCCCUCCUAUCUAAUGGCCCCGCAGGCUGAGACACUUCAGAGGGACUCCCAGGCUGGGACUCUCUGGGAAGGGGGGUGCUUGGAUGAGACAUUCCAGAGAUGUUCCUACACUGAGGCCCCUCCACAGUGGGACCCUUGGAGAGACCCCAGACUGAGAUUCCUCAGAGGGACCCCAGGCUGAGACAGCCUUGGGGAAACCUCCAGAUUGACAGCCCUCAGAGGGGUCCCCAGGUUGAGGUCCCUCAGAAGAACAUUCAGAAUGAGACACUCUUGGGAGGGUCCCUCCACUGAGAUAGUCACAGAGGGUCCGCUAUCCAGACCAGAAGCACAAGGGAGCUCUAGAAGGAGUCAGAGGGAGGAGCGUUGGGAGGUAUACUCUCAUCUCAGAGUUUAGAAAAGGAGCCUAGGAACUUUGGCUCUGGGCCCACCCCAUUCUUGCUCUGACCCACACUGACUAUCCUCUGCCUUUUUUAACCCCACUCCACUCCGUGCCAAUUACUUCAGGUUCCAGGCCACUGGGCCUGGGAAGGCGCGAGCAGGGCCACUUGGGUUGGGGGUGAACUGAGGCUGAGUCCCUGGACUUGUGAUCCAGUGGGCCUAGGAUGUCAUCCUGGAUACUGGAAUGUGGGCGGGGAUUGCUGUGAAGCCGCUGGGUUCGGGAAAGCCUGGGGAUCUGAGAGAGGGAGAAGCAGGCAGCCAGACUGGUUUGGAGGUAAGUAGAUGCCAGGUAACCCAUUCGGGCCAUGAGGGGAGCUUUCUGGGAAAAGAGAAGUCAGGACAACACUCAGUCCGGCUGGUCCCCUCUACCAGGUUGCAUUUCUCUGGUCCUUUCCUUCUGAUCCAAGUCCUCUUCAUUUAUCUCUGCCACCAGGACUGGGAAAGGCUGGGGUUCUGGGGUCUGGGCAGCCUUGAUAAGUGUCACUAUUCAAAUUGGCCCUGGUUGGGAGGACUGUGUGUGUCACAUCGAAAGUCUAGAGUAGCCCUCAGGGACCUCUCUCAACCCCACAUGCUCCUCAUUCCCUCUGUGCUAGAAACCCUGCCUCGAUCAGCCCUUGCUCCUCCUUUCCUGGUUACUGACGCAGACCUCAGCCACUUCCCUGCCCCACAAUUUCCCUAGGUCCUUUCACCUCCGAGGCUCAACCCUGGAGUGUUUCCUAGCCCUCCCUUUCUCUCUCUCCAGCCUUUCUUCCCACCUCCCCCCACAACCCAGACUGCUGGUCUAGGGUGAGGGGCAUCCCAGACUGAGCCCUCCACGGAUCCCUCCCCGUGGCAGGGUGGGGAGAGAGGGCUAUCUGCUCUGGCCAAAGGAGGGUGGGGCCCACACAGCUGGCUCGGAGCCCAGGCAACUAUAAUAGCAGGGGUGGCUUAGGGAUGAGGCCCAGCCCUCUUUCUCCCCUCCCUUCCCCCAGGUAUAAGAGCUGAGCUCAGGUGAGCUGGCUCCUCCUGUCCUGUCUCAGCGGCUGCCAGCAGGUGGAGCAUGAGGCAUCAGCUCCUUUGGGACAGGCUGUAGAACCACAUACCUCUCCAGAGGAGCAAGUGCACCCAGGGCACCAUGGGACAGUGCCGAUCCGCCAACGCUGAGGAUGCCCAGGAAUUCAGUGACGUGGAGAGGGCAAUUGAGACCCUUAUCAAGAACUUCCACCAGUACUCAGUGGAGGGUGGAAAGGAAACGCUGACUCCCUCCGAGCUACGGGACCUGGUCACCCAGCAGCUGCCCCACCUCAUGCCGAGCAACUGUGGGCUGGAAGAGAAAAUUGCCAACUUGGGUGGCUGCAAUGACUCUAAACUGGAGUUUGGAAGUUUCUGGGAGCUGAUUGGAGAAGCAGCCAAGAGUGUGAAGCUGGAGAACCCUUGCCCAGGGAGCUGAGAAUCUUCUCCUGGAAAUCUUGGGGGGAUGUUGGGGCAAGGGGACCUUAGAGACUGUGGGCCAGGAAAUAAAACCUUCUGUCCACCACUGCCACCUCAUUCUGCAGCCCGCACCUUUUACCUCUGUGUAAUUCAUAGUGGUCCUCCCAGAGGUCUCUGUGUGCCUCCUUCCUAGGAGCUAAUGGGGCCAGAAGUCCCAUCAGAGGGAGGCUCAGGGGGUGGGUUGGGGAUAAGAUCCAUCCUCAGGGAUGGAUGUUGAGGGAUAAGAAUGGUGUAAGGGUCAAGGAAAUUGGUAACGGGGAAAGGGCAGAGAGGAACUGAAGUCUGGGAAAUGACUUGUGAGAGGUGGCUGGGAACAAACAGGGCUGAAUAUUUGGCACUAAAAAGAACCUACAAGAACGUAUCUCUCCCAGUCUCUCCUCCAAUUCAAACUGUAGCUGUCUGUCCUGUGCCUUCUCUUCCCACCUCCAGUUCAGCCCCAGGCUCCUCAUAGGGCUCUGUCCCUGGGGUAAGGCAACAGAGGAGGGGGAGUAGGUUUGGGGAGAGGCUGAGGAGGGCUUGACUUUGGGGGUGAGGGACCAGCUGGGUGCUUAGGUAUUUACUGAAUUAUGGUUGUUUUGUAUCAUUUGAUUAAUAAAAAAAAUAGAAAAAGUGAAAGCUGUUGUCUUUUUUUUUUUUAAUUUAACAUUUUAUUGUGCUUUAGGUGGAAGUUUACAUACCAAAUUAAUUUUCCAAUCAGUGAUUCUUAUGCAAAUUGUUUCAUGAUUUUGGUUGCAAUCCCUGCAGUUUGUCAGCACUCCCCCAUUUCCUCCCUAGGUUUCCCGUUUUUUUUUUUUUUUUCAUUAGUCAUGUUUCCCUCUCCCUCCCUGUUUUUUCAUCUUUGGUUUUGGUCAAAUGUUGCCCUUUUGGUCUCCUGUGGUUGAUUGUUCUAAGAAGCACAUUCUUCCCGGAUGUUAUUGUUGAUGUUAUAGCGCUGUCUAUUAUUUGGCUGAAAAGUGGUCUCCGGGAGUGUUUAUAGUUUCAAGUUAGAAGUUAGUUUUGGGGCAAUAGUCUUGGGAGUUCCUCCAGCCUCUUUCAGGCUUUUAAGUCUGAUCUUUUUUUAAUUUGAAUUUUGUCCCACACUUUUUACCUAUUCUAUUUGAAAAGCUGUUGUCUUGAUAGGACAUCCCAUGGGUGUUUGAAGGUCCACGGGGUGAGGGGGGUUGGGGAUGGGCGACAGCCAGUGGGAGGGGUGGGACAUGUCAGGGCUGGAGUGGUUGGCAGCAGAAGUGAACGGGGAUUCACUUAUCCCCAUGGGCUUGGGCUGAGGGUGGUUCCCGAUCCAAAAGGUGGGAGAACUGGUCCUCUCUGAGGGAUGGGCUUGUCUGUUUGGUGGCCUGGCCCUCUGACAGAAGAUGAGGUGCGUGUGUACACCUGGAGAAAAGGAUGUGAACCCAGAUGUCCUGAAACCUGGCUGACUGUUAGCAAGGGAAACUCAGAGCUGAGGAACAGGCUGGCAAGCCUGGGUUUGAAUCCUUGCAGCGCCACUUACUAUCUUAGGGACUUUGGCAUGCUCUCAGAGUAUCAGUUUCCUCAUCUGUAAAAUGGGAAUAUUAAUAGCACGUCCCUCACAGGAUUGUUAAGGUGAUACUGCGCUGCAUCAUGUCAAGUACUUAGCAGAAAGCCUGACACGUAGUGAGUGAUCAGUGAACACAAAUCGUAUCUGUGGAGGUAGGUGAGUGGGUUCCCUCUCUGGUGUCAGCUGCCACCUCUGUAUAGUGAGAUGGCACCUCCCAGUUUCCAUGGGUAUCUUGGGGAAGGGGUGGAGGAUAGUUACCAGAGGUGUCCUGUGCUGUGCAUGAGAAUGGGCCAUGGACUUCCUGGGUGGUACCAACAGUUAAGUGCUGGGCUCCUAGCUGAAAAUUUGGUGGUAUGAACAUACCCAAGGUGCCUUGGAAGACAACAAGCCUGGCAAUUUGCUUCCGAAAAAUUCACGGCCUUGAAAACAAUAUGGUUCCAUUUUAUUCUGCACACGUGGUGUUGCCGUGAGUUGGAAUCAACUUGACAGCAACCACCACCAACAGGGAUGGGUCUCAGGAGAAUUCCCCAUGGACUGAACUGGAGAUGGAAGACCAGGAGCAACACUGGGGCCCACGGAAAUCAGGUGUGACUCCUGAAAUACCAACAGCAAGGAAGUUUCUGUGGCCAGCCAGGCUGGCCUGGAAUGCUAACUGAACUGGUCUGUUGGGGGCCCCUAAAACUGGGCUCUCGGUGACCCAGGUGAGAAGGGCAGGUGACAGUCCUUCCCUUCCUGUCUUCACCAUGUCCGGUUCUGAUCAGGC